AUGGAUAACAAAUAUCUCAUCGCCACUCCGAUGAAUACAUCACUCGCUAUCGAUGAUGCGGAGAUGCAACGCGUAUUAUUCUCUACCGAUUCACCAGUAGGAGAGCUGCCAGUGUUUGAACCCAUUGGGGAACCGCCGUCAUUCGUUGGCGUGGAAACGCAGCUUCCUGUGUCCGCCGACCCUGACAUCAGGGUUAUCGAAGCCAUGUGUAUGGCAGGCGAUUCAGACUGUGCGUCUGCAGGCAUACAAAAGCUGCUGCAAGCUGGCACAAAUCCCCAAGAUAUCCAGAUCUGCUUGACAAGAGCUGCCCAAGCUGGUCGAGGGGACUUGGUGCAAAUGCUUCUGUCUGUGGGCGUGCCUGUGAGUCUUGGGGCUAUAAAGGCCGCUAUUACAAAGGAGUCUUUUCAGCUGCUCUCACUGUUCCUCAAGCAUGGGUGGAACAUCAAUGAGGAAGAAGCGUGGUGCAUUCCUCCACUCCUAUCAUUUGCCAUAUUCGCGAAUGUAUCCGAGGCUCUUAUUGCUUGGUUCCUAAGCAAUGGAGCUGAUCCAAACGCAACCUGCCAGAUGGACAUCACACCUCUGUCCACUGCUGUCGCGGAAGGAAGAUACUCAGUAGUUGAGCAAUUGCUCACACACUGUCCUCCCACUACAAGCUUUCGAGGUCAACUCCUCCAUUUGGCAGCCGGGCGGAACAUACCAGAAGACUACGACGCGAUUUUCCGCCUGGUCCUUCAAAAAUGCCACCAGAACGAUAUUAAUGCCAUAAUGUACCAAGACCAUGUCUUCUCAUAUGAGGUGCGCAGGGUUGUAGGCUUGGGCACUGCACUUCACGAGGCUGCGAAAGUGGGACAAUUGAGCGCUGUUCGAACUCUGAUCGCGAGCGGCGCUGACCCAUCGAUUCGUGAUUCACGCGGGAACACUGCGCUCGAAGUGGCAGAGCGUGAACACAAUUUGAAUGUCGCAGACGAACUUCGAUCAUUUCAAUCCAACUAA